UUUCCAGCCGGAGCAUAACACUGGGAGCACGAAAUGGCGACCUCCUUGCUGCGGUUAGGGCGACUGGGUCCCCUCAAGUGUCUCCAGUUGGAGAGCUGGGAUGUCCUGAGGAGUGGCUCGGCUGCUUCCUUCUGUACUCAGGCUAAAGAGCCCGCAAAGCCAGCGAAGAAGACAAAGGCUGCUGGCAAGACAGCAGAGGCUCCAGAUGACAGAGCAACCUUGCUGGCCUACAAGACAGCAGUUGCCUUCCCAGUUAAACUUUCCGAGCCUGGGGCUUUCCCAACACAGUCUCUAGGUGUAACUGAACCAGUGGCCAGCCCUGCUACCACUGCAGAAACGAUCGUAGCCGCAGCAUUUGUCACUGCUGCCAGUGAACCAGCUUUUGCUGACCCAGAUGUUGCUCAGGUUAUGUCUGACACCGCUCCGCCUGUAGUCGAGGCAGCCCCCCUAGCUGCUGAGCCCCUGGUCGACGCAAGCGGUAAAACCUCCGCACCAGACAGCACUCCAGUCGCAGCCUCCGCCACAGAGGACGCAAUCCCGGCCACCGCAGCCUCCUCUGAGCCUGGUGGUCCAGCAGCUGACUGGUCGUCCUCUUCAUCGUCCAGCGAUUCGGACUCAGACUCAGACUCAGACUCUGAGGACGAGAACUCACAAGUGAAGACUGAAACCAAGACCUCGCCACCACAGGUGUCAGAAUCCACUGUGAAAGAAGUCCAAGAGGUUGCAUCAGAAGUGAAACAAGACGCCAAUGAAGCAAAGAAGGAAGUUCCACCGGAACCUGAAGUUACUCCCACUUGUGCUGCUGAGGCUGCAGCAGUGCCCACAGAAGCAAUUCAAGCCAUCGUCGAGGCUCCCAGCGUUAGCUCCGAGGAGUUAGUAGACCCCGCUCCUGAGAUCGCCUCUGCCACCAAAGACACCGUGACCAGCCCAGAAGUUCCGGUGGAAGCUGCGGUGGAACCUACUCCAGAAGUAAUAGAAGACGUUGCGUCUCCUGUCAUCCCCGAUGCGCAAGUAGAAACUCCAGCUGAAGUUGGGAUCGAGGCUGCAACUCAAGAAAAAGCCCCAGCCAAUGCUCCCGUAGAAACCACAGAGCCUGCCUCUGCCCAAGCCCCCUCAGAAACUACUGAAGCUGCCCCUGUAGAAGCUGCUGCAGAGCCUGUAGAAGCUGAAGUGGCUGCUGAGGCUGCCGCUGAAGUUUUGGCCCCUGUGGAGAGCACCGAGGAGCUGGUGGACCCUGCUCCAGUUGUAGCUGAAGCUGCCCCCAGUGAAGUGGCUGCCAAGGCUGCAGCUGAAGUUUCGGCCCCCGUGGAGAGCACCGAGGAGCUGGUGGACCCUGCUCCAGUCAUAGCUGAAGCUGCCCCCACUGAAGUGGCUGCUGAGGCUGAAGCUGCCCCUGUAGAAGCUGCUGCAGAGCCUGUAGAAGCUGAAGCUGCCCCCAGUGAAGUGGCUGCCGAGGCUGCAGCUGAAGUUUCGGCCCCCGCUGAGAGCACCGACAAGCUGGUGGACCCUGCUCCAGUCAUAGCUGAAGCUGCGGGAGAGGAGCUGCAGGCGGAGUCCCCUGUUGAACGAUCUGAGGAGGCUCCAGCAGCGGCACCUCCAGAGCCCGAUGAGCCUUUUGACAACAGCACUUAUAAAAACUACCAGCACCACAACUACACCCCCUUCACAUUUGCAGAUCUGGAUGUAGAGAUGGCCAAGUUCCGUCUCCCGCAGCCCUCCUCCAUCAGACACUAGAAGAGUUGACCUGGCUGCAAACUGUUAAUGUUGCUGAAAGAUAAUGGUGAUGGUGUUGUACCUUUUUAUGAUGAUUAUCCCCUCGACUGUCAGAUCAGCAUGACAUUCUGCUGUUAAAUGUUAUAUUAUUAAAGUACAUAAAUGAGAAAUGAA